UGGCAGCCGGACGGCCAGCUGAUGUUGGUAAACAAAGUGGUGCGCGUCACGCUGCUCCUCCCACGCCUCCUUGGAAGUCCAUACAUAUCUUGUUAUAUUCUGUGGCAUAUUUAAUAGGGGUUUGGAGAGCACAAGAACUUUAAGGAGGAGAGGCUACUUGUCAGCCGUCUAUGCCAGGAGACUUCAGUAAACUGGGUUCUGUUUAACAUGAAAAUUUUGGAAUCGAAACACUGGUACCUUGAUGUCCACAUGAAUUACAAUCAGCAGGAUUUGCCAUGUGAGAUGACAGCUGCUCUUGUGCAGGUUGUCCUGCGAGCAGCAGUGGAUACUAUGUUUGGAGAGAUGUCAUCAAGCUUGCCACUCGAUAUCCUUAAAUUUGAUGCCAAAUGUGGACAGGUAAUCAUCAGAGUUCCAAGUAACAAUUAUGCUAAAGUACGAGCAGCUCUAACAGUUUGUCCAUCCAUGAGAGUGGCUGGUAAAGAUAUUCCAGUGGUGUACAGUGUUCAGCAAGCCUCAUCCUGUCUAUUGUCUUUAGCAGGACCACAAAGAUCAAUUGUUUAAGUUGGUUUGGGCAUUUGUGCCUUCACUCCUUUUCUCAUAACCCAGUUCCUUGUCUUCAUACAGUAUUUCCUCCUCCGAAUUCCUUCAACUUACCUUGUUUAUAAUUGUACUUUUUUCUGAUUUUGUAUGGCUGGAUUUUAUGCCUGUCAAUUAUAUUUUAAAGCAAAAUAAUUAGUUUCAUACUGUA